AUGGCUGACAAAGUUGCUCGCCAUUCCCAAUAUAAUCAUAAAUCUAAUUCAAAUCUAGGCUUGCCAACGAAUUCAUCAUCGAAUGAUCAACAUGAACGUAAUAAAUCUACUGGUGAAGUACAAUCAAUUGUUGAAGAUAUAAAAGAUUUUCGAAUGGGUGAUCGAGUACAACACACACGACCAGCAUCUAUUAAUAAAAAACAAAAGAAAGAUGAAGAUCAUUCAUCGAUCUAUGAUAUAACUCGAUUUAAAGGACAAACAUUACUUAGUGAUUUAACAGAUGAUACAUCUAAUAUUUUAUAUCAACCAAAAACUUAUGAAACAAAACAAAUAUAUGAAACUUUACUUAAUUUUAUUCAAGAAACUAUUGGUGAUCAGACACAAACUAUUUUACGUAGUGCUGCUGAUGAAAUAUUAAGUUUACUUAAAGAUAAUAAAUUAAAUAAUCAAGAUCGUAAAAAUAAAAUUGAAACAUUAUUAAAACCAGGCAUGUCUGAUGAACGUUUUAAUUUUCUUAUUAAUCUUAGUAAAAAAAUUACCGAUUGGUCGUUCGACAUUGAAAAUGAUACAAUCGAUGAAACAAUUGGUGUUCCUAUUCAAUUUGAAGGUUCAAGCGAUGAUGAUGAUGACAACGAAGAUGAAAUUUCCGAUGUUGGAGAAAUUCCAAUGGAUGAAAAUAUUCAAGAAACAAGUUAUUGCAUAAGAAGUGAUGAUUUAAUUCGAACAAAUAAUACAUUACAACCACAUGCAAUUGAUGCAUUUUGGUUAGAACGUAAUUUAAGCAAAAUCUAUCCGAAUAUUACAGAUGCAAAAAACAAAGCUGAAGAACUUCUUGAUAUUCUUAAAACAACAUCGAAUAAUCAUGAAUUAGAAAAUAAACUUAUUAUGUUACUUGGUUGUGAACAAUUUGAAUUUAUUAAAACAUUACGAACACAUCGACAAAUGAUUCUUUAUUGUAUUCUACUUGCAAGAGCACAAACUACAUUAGAAAAAACACAUAUUGAAGAAAAAAUGAGAAAUAAUCCAGAAUUAAUAUGGAUAUUGCAUGAUUUAUCAACAUUACAAAUUAAUCGUGAUCAAGAAAACAUGGAAAUAGAAAAUAAUAAUACAACACAUCAAAUUCUGGAUUUUGAAGAUUUAACAUUUCAUCAAGGAAAUCAUUUUAUGUCAAAUAAAACUUGUCAAUUACCAAAUGGAUCUUUUCGUUUACAAAAGAAAGGUUAUGAAGAAAUACAUAUACCUUCUCUUAAACCUUCAAGAUUUAAUUCCGACGAAAUUCUUUAUCCAAUAUCAAAUUUACCUAAAUAUGUUCAACCAGCAUUUGAAGGCUAUAAAGAAUUAAAUCGUAUUCAAUCACAUAUGAUUAAAACAAUAUUUGAAACUGAUGAAAAUAUUUUAUUAUGUGCACCGACUGGUGCUGGUAAAACAAAUGUUGCAUUACUUUGUAUUCUACAUGAAAUAGGUAAACAUAUUAUGUCUGAUAAUAGUAUUAAUACUAAUGAAUUUAAAAUAAUUUAUAUUGCACCAAUGAAAUCACUUAUUCAAGAAAUAGUUAAUAGUUUUACAGAGCGUUUAAAUUCCUAUGGUAUUAAUGUAUCAGAAUUAACUGGUGAUCAUCAAUUAACCAAAGAAGAAAUAAAUCAAACACAAAUAAUUAUUUGUACACCAGAAAAAUGGGAUAUUAUAACACGUAAAGGUGAUGAACGUAUAUAUACACAAUUAGUACAUUUAAUAAUUAUUGAUGAAAUACAUCUAUUACAUGAUGAUCGUGGUCCUAUACUUGAAGCAAUUAUUGCUCGAACAAAUCAUUUAAUUAAAACAAUAAAAAAUCAUGUACGUUUUGUUGGAUUAAGUGCUACAUUACCUAAUUAUGAAGAUAUAGCCGAAUUUUUAAAUGUAAAAUCUACAGGUUUAUUUUAUUUUGAUAAUAGUUAUCGACCUGUACCACUUGAACAAGAAUAUAUUGGUAUAACAGAAAAAAAAGCCAUUAAACGUUUUCAUAUGAUGAAUGAUCUUGUUUAUGAAAAAGUCAUGGAACAUGCUGGAAAAAAUCAAGUACUUAUUUUUGUGCAUUCAAGAAAAGAAACAGGACGAACAGCACGUACUCUACGUGAUGGAUGUAUAGAAAAAAGUACCAUUGGAUGUUUUCUUAAAGCAGAUUCAGUUUCACAAGAAACUUUACAAAUGGCAAUCGAAUUAACUAAAAAUUUGGAACUAAAAGAUCUUCUUCCAUAUUCAUUUGCUAUUCAUCAUGCUGGUAUGAGUCGUGCUGAUCGAAUUUUAGUUGAAGAUCUUUUUCGUAAACGACAUAUUCAAGUACUUAUAUCAACAGCUACACUUGCUUGGGGUGUUAAUUUACCUGCACAUACAGUUAUUAUCAAAGGCACACAAGUUUAUAAUCCUGAAAAAGGUCGUUGGGCUGAAUUAAGUGCACUUGAUGUUAUGCAAAUGUUUGGUCGAGCUGGUCGUCCUCAAUAUGAUAAAAUUGGUCAAGGUAUUUUAAUAACUAAUCAUAAUGAAUUACAAUAUUAUUUAUCAUUAAUGAAUCAACAACUUCCAAUUGAAAGUCAAAUGAUAUCAAAAUUAAUCGAUAAUCUUAAUGCUGAAAUUGUUCUUGGAACUAUUGAAAAUAUUCAUGAAGCUGCUGAAUGGCUUUGUUCUACUUAUUUAUAUAUACGUAUGAAAAAACAACCUCAAUUAUAUGGUGUAUCAAAUGAAACUCUACUUAUUGAUAAUACUCUUCUUCAACGACGUUUAGAUUUAAUUCAUUCUGCAGCAAUACAAUUAGAUAAAAGUCAUUUAAUUCAUUAUGAUCGUAGAACAGGUAAGUUUCAAAUGACUGAUCAUGGUCGAAUUGCAAGUUAUUAUUACUGUAGUCAUGAAACAAUUGCAAUAUAUAAUAAAUUAUUGAAACCAACAUUAAAUGAUAUUGAAUUAUUUCAUAUAUUUUCAUUAUCACCAGAAUUUCGUCAUAUAAUUGUACGAGAAGAAGAAAAAUAUGAAUUAAAAAAAUUAAUUGAACAUGUACCAAUACCUAUUAAAGAAAAUAUUGAUGAAUCAAAUACAAAAAUAAAUAUACUUUUACAAGUUUAUAUAUCUCAAUUAAAACUUAAUGGUUUAGUAUUAAUGGCUGAUAUGAUUUAUAUAAUACAGAAUGCUGAAAGAUUAAUUCGAGUAAUAUUUGAAAUUGUUUUAAAAAAACAAUGGGCAAGAUGUGUAGAUAAAACAUUAAAUUUAGCAAAAAUGAUUAAUAAACGAAUGUGGCAAAGUAUGUGUCCAUUAAGACAAUUUAAAAAAAUUUCAAAUAUAAUUAAUCAAACAAUUGAAAAGAAAAAUAUUUCAUGGGAUAGAUUCUAUGAUUUAGAUGCAAAUGAAAUUGGUGAAUUUCUUCGUGAACCUAAAAUUGGACAAACAGUUUAUAAGCAUAUACAUUAUAUACCUAAAUUAGAAUUAACUGUACAUAUUUUACCAAUUACACGAUCAAUGCUUAAAGUUGAAUUAACAAUAACACCUGAUUUUCAAUGGAAUGAAACAAUUCAUGGAACAAGCGAGCCAUUUUGGAUUUUUGUCGAAGAUGGUGAUGCAGAAGUUUUACUUCAUCAUGAAUAUUUUCUUCUUAAAAAAAAAUAUUGUAAAGAUGAACAUUAUGUAAAAUUUUUCGUUCCAAUUUAUGAAGCAUUACCACCACAAUAUUUUAUUCGUGUUGUAUCUGAUCGAUGGUUAUCAUCAGAAACUCAAAUAGCUGUAUCAUUUCGUCAUUUAAUCUUACCAGAAAAACAACUAGAAUCAACUGAAUUACUCGAUUUACAACCAUUACCUGUUAAUGUAUUAAAUAAUUCAAAAUAUGAAGAAUUAUAUAAUUUUAAAGUUUUUAAUUGUAUUCAAACACAAGUUUUUAAUACAUUAUAUCAUACGGAUGAAAAUGUAUUUUUGGGUGCAUCAAAUGGUUCUGGUAAAACAAUAUGUGCUGAAUUUGCCAUAUUAAGAUUAUUUUCUGAUGAAAAAUUAAAAGAAAUAUCUGAACCUAAAUGUGUUUAUAUAACACCAAAAGAAGAAUUAGCAGAAAUUAUACGAGAAGAUUGGGAUAAACGUUUUGGAAUAAUUGAUCGAAAAGUUGUUAUGCUUUCUGGUGAAAUAUCUAUCGAUCUUAAAUUAAUUGCAAAAGGUGAUAUUAUUAUUUCAACACCAGAAAAAUGGGAUAAUUUAUCACGUCGAUGGAAACAACGAAAACAUAUUCAAAAUAUUCAUUUAUUUAUUGUCGAUGAUCUACACUGUAUCAACUCAGAUGAUGGAGCUAUUCUUGAAAUAAUUUGUUCUCGUAUGCGUUAUAUAAGUUCUCAACUAGAAAAAAAAAUUCGUAUAAUUGCAAUGUCAACAUCAAUACUUAAUGCUAAAGAUAUUGCACAAUGGCUUGGUUGUUCUACACAUACAACCUUUAAUUUUCGACCAAAUAUUCGACCUAUUCAACUUGAUUUACAUAUUCAAGAUUUCAAUAUGACACAUAAUGCAUCACGUUUAAUUGCAAUGACAAAACCAGUUUAUCAAAUAAUUGAUCGUCAUUCAUCAAUAUAUCCAGUAAUUAUUUUUGUUUCAUCAAAAAAUUUAUCACAAUCAACAGCUAUUGAUAUCUUAACAUUAGCUAAUACUGAACAAAAACAAAAUCGAUUUUUACAUAUUUCAAUAAAUGAUAUUCAAUUAUAUAUAGAACAAAUUGAAAAUCAAAUAUUAAAACAAACUAUUUUACAUGGUAUUGCUUUUUUACAUGAAGAUUUAAAUACAAAAGAUUGUUCUCUAAUUCAACAAUUAUUUACAUCUGGUGCUAUACAAAUUUGUAUUGUAUCAUAUAAUAUGUUAUAUACAUUAAAAAUUUAUUCAUAUUUGGUUAUUAUUAUGGAUACACAAUAUUAUUAUGGUAAAAUACAUACAUAUGAUGAUUAUUCAAUAAAUGAUAUUUUACAAAUGAUAAGUCGAUCGAAUAUUUCAUUAAAAGAAAAUAAAACAAAAGUUAUAUUAAUGUGUUUAUCAUGUAAAAAAGAUUUUUAUAAAAAAUUUCUUUAUGAAUCAAUACCUAUUGAAUCUCAUCUUGAUCAUUAUUUACAUGAUUGUUUUAAUGCUGAAAUUGUUACAAAAACUAUUGAAAAUAAACAAGAUGCUAUUGAUUAUUUAACAUGGACAUUACUUUAUAGACGUAUGACAUUAAAUCCAAAUUAUUAUAAUUUACAAAAUAUUUCACAUCAAUAUUUAUCUGAUCAUUUAUCGGAAUUAGUUGAAAAUACAUUAUAUAAUCUCGAACAAUCAAAGUGUAUUACAAUUGAAAAUGAAGUAGAUGUGUCACCACAGAAUCUUGGAAUGAUUGCAGCUUAUUAUUAUAUUAAUUAUCGAACAAUUGAAUUAUUUAAUAAAUCAUUAUCAUCAAAAAUUAAAUUUCAUACGUUACUUGAUAUUAUUUCCAAUGCUGCUGAAUAUGAAGAUAUUCCAAUUCGUCGUAAUGAAGAGAAUAUUUUAAAACAGCUUUCAACACAUUUACCAAAUAAAUUAAAUAAUGAUGUUAAAUUUAAUGAUCCACAUGUGAAAACUAAUCUUUUACUUCAAGCACAUUUAUCACGUAUACAAUUGUCAUAUGAACUUCAAAAAGAUACCAAUGAAAUUUUAAUCAAAGCUAUUCGUUUGAUUCAAGCAUGUGUUGAUGUUUUAAGUUCUAAUGGUUGGUCAUCAUCAGCAUUAAUAGCUAUGAAUUUAACACAAAUGAUUAUACAAGCUAUGUGGAAUAAAGAUUCUUAUUUAAAACAAAUACCACAUUUUACAAAUGAAAUUAUUCAACGAUGUAUUAAUCAGAAGAUCGAAAAUAUUUAUGAUUUAAUUGAAAUGCAAGAUAAUCAACGCAUAGAAUUACUUCAAUUAAAUACAUUACAAUUAUCUAAUGUUGCUCAUUUUUGUAAUCAUUAUCCAAAUAUUGAAGUAUCAUAUGAAAUUCCUAAUAAAGAUAAUAUCAUUGCUGAUAGUUUAAUUAAUGUAAAUGUAACAUUAGAACGUCUUAAUGAACUCUUUGGAUCAAUUAUGGCACCAUUAUUUCCACAAAAACGUCAAGAAGAAUGGUGGUUAGUUAUUGAAGAUUCAAAAACAAAUACUCUAUUAUCAAUAAAACGUUUUACAAUACAAGAAAAAACUAAAAUUGUUUUAGAUUUUAUUGCACCAUCAACAGGUAUAUAUAAUUAUAUACUUUAUCUAAUGUCUGAUUGUUAUAUGGGUUGUGAUCAUGAAUAUAAAUUUUCAAUUACUGUUCGAAAUAAUAUUAAUAUGACAUCAUGA